AGCUGACCCGGAUGCAGAAGCGGUUUCUCCACCGGAUAUUACAUUGAAUCUGAGGUCAGGCGUUCUCUCUCACAGCCAUCUUGGAAAUAGCGUCCUGAGUCGCGACCAUGCCUGGCGAAGCAACAGAAACGGUCCCAGUCACCGAGCAGGAGAUGCAGCAGCCUCAAGCGGAGACUGCUCCGCCUCCUGCCCCAGCUUCCACCCAGCAACCUCAGGUAGCUUCUGGCCCCGCAAAGGCCAAAGGCAAAGAUGCCAAGAGUGGGCAGGAUUAUUCUGCCCCAAAGGCUGUACCUGGCAGAAGAAAACGUUCCUCUAUGUCUGCCUCUUCCUCCUCACCCACUUCACCUAAAUCUACUCCCUCCUCUACUCCCCGGUCACCCGUGGUGUCACCUUUGGCAUCACCUUUAGCAUCACCUUUGGCUUCCUCGGCCAGUAGCUCCCCUGCCAAUCGUUCUGCCCCAAAAGUGGUUAAGGCUGGCAAACAAGGAAAGGCUAAGAAAGGAGAGACAUUUGAGCCUGCUCCUGUCCAGGUAGAUCACAAAGUCCCAGACGUAAAGGAAAAGUCAGAGGAACCUAACUUGAAGAAAUCUAUGACUACUGAAGCUAAAGCUUUCCCAAUUGAGACAAAAUCUCAGCCACCCCCUGCAUUUAAAGUCACCCCAAAGCCUGCUGUUGCAGCACCAAUUUCAUUCUCGGAUGCUAUUGCUUCAAGCCCCCCAAAAUCUGGUGAAAAGGUUGCUUCUGCAAAACCCGUAUUGCUUAUGGUCGAUGAUGAGCUUCCUCCACUUAUCCCACCUGAGAAGCUUGGUAAAAUGCAAGUCUCUGCACCUCUUGUUGCCAAAGAGAGCACAAAGCCUGCUAUGUCUCCUUCUGAACCUAGACCUAAAGGGGCUACUUCUGCUCCUCCAGAGGUCAGUAAAGCCAAGAUGGGUAUUGAACCCAAACCUUUGCCUGUCGAAGCUCCUAAGGCAGCAGCCCCAGUGAAAACUGUAACUCAGGAGGUCAUUAAGGCUUCUCCUACAGAUUCCAAGGCUAAAUCUGCUGCUGGCAAGACUGGCCAAGACAAACCUGCUGCUGCUGUGAAGCCAGCAGAUGAGACCAAAUUGAUCUCUAACACAGGUCCUAAACAGGUUGAGGACAUUAAAGUUACCAAGCCAAAUGCUGGUGUAAAGUCAACCCCUCCUGAGGUUACCAAACAAGCACCCGAAAAGGGUGCUGUGGUAGUUAAUAAGGCUCAGUCUGUUGACUUGAAGGCAACAGCUGCUGAGGCCCCCAAACAAGCCAAACCAAUAGCUGCUGAGGCACCUAAAGCAGAUUCUGAGACUCCUAAACUGGUCAAACCAACCGAGGCACCCAAAGCAGAUUCUGAGACUCCUAAACUGGUCAAACAAACCGAGGCACCCAAAAAGGCCAAAGCCACCUCCACUGAGGCACCUAGGCCAGCCCCGGAAGUGGCGAAGCAGGCGACCACCGAGACAUCCAAACAGGCUAAGCAGGCAGCCCCCGAGGCACUCAAGCAAGCGGCUGCUGAGGCACCCAAACAAGCCAAGCAGGUGCCCAAACAGGCUAAGCAGGAGAGCUCUGAGGCACCCAAACAGGAUAGAAAGGAGGCUCCCGAGGCACCCAAACAGGCUAAACAGGCGGCCCCCGAGGCACCCAAACAGGCUAAGCAGGCGGCCCCAGAGGCACCCAAACAGGCUAAGCAGGCGGCCCCAGAGGCACCCAAACAGGCUAAGCAGGCGGCUCCCGAGGCACCCAAACAGCCUAAGCAGGCGGCUCCCGAGGCACCCAAACAGGCUAAGCAGGCGUCUCCCGAGGCACCCAAACAGGCUAAGCAGGAGAGCCCUGAGGCAUCCAAACAGGAUAGAAAGGAGACUCCCGAGGCACCCAAACAGGCGGCCUCCGAGGCACCCAUACAGUCUAAGCAGGCGGCCCCCGAGGCACCCAAACAGGCUAAGCAGGCGGCCCCCGAGGCACCCAAACAGGCUAAGCAGGCGGCCCCCGAGGCACCCAUACAGGCUAAGCAGGCGUCUCCCGAGGCACCCAAACAGGCUAAGCAGGCGGCGUCCGAGGCACCCAAACAGGCUAAGCAGGCGGCGUCCGAGGCACCCAAACAGGCUAAGCAGGCGGCGUCUGAGGCACCCAAACAGGCGGCCCCCGAGGCACCCAAACAGGCUAAGCAGGCGUCUCCCGAGGCACCCAAACAGGCUAAGCAGGUGGCUGCAGACGCCCCUAAAACAUCUGAGGCUUCUCCAUUGGCCAAAGCAACAGCCCCUGACGGUGCAGGCCAAACCAAGCAGGCCAAACCAGUCGAGGUGCCCAAACAAGCCAAACCAACUGCUGCUGAAGCACCUAAACCAGCUACUGAGAGUCCUAAACCAGCUAAACCAAAGGCUGAUGAGGCACCUAAACAAGCGAAGCAAACUACUGAAGUUCCCUCAAAACCUGCUCUAGUUGAGCCUAUUGUUCCGCCCCCAACCCCACGUAAACUUACUUUUGCCGAGGCAGUUGCAAAACCUGCACCUGUCAAGCCUGACGCUGAGAAAAUCAGCACUGCUCCCUCUAAUCAUGUCAUAUCAUCUAAACCUGCUGAAACCCCAGCCAAGAUGGAGUCUGUGAUCAAGGACGACAAUGGAUCUGGCACAGAGUCGGACAGUGAUGACUCAGUUCCUGAGCUGGAAGAACAGGACUCUGCACAGACACAGACGCAACAAGCUCAGCUUGCAGCUGCUGCUGAAAUAGACGAAGAGCCAGUAAGCAAAGCCAAACAGAGCCGCAGUGAAAAGAAGGCACGAAAGGCCAUGUCAAAGCUUGGCCUCAGGCAGGUAACAGGGGUCACCAGGGUCACCAUUCGCAAAUCAAAGAACAUCUUGUUCGUCAUCACCAAACCAGAUGUCUACAAGAGCCCUGCGUCAGAUACAUACAUCGUCUUCGGUGAAGCUAAGAUUGAAGAUCUUUCUCAGCAAGCCCAGCUGGCUGCAGCAGAAAAGUUCAAGGUACAGGGAGAAGCUACAGCAAAGAUCCAGGACAACACACAGACGCCCACAGUACAGGAGGAAAGCGAAGAGGAAGAGGUUGAUGAGACCGGGGUCGAGGUGAAGGACAUCGAACUCGUCAUGUCACAAGCCAACGUGUCGCGGGCAAAGGCUGUACGCGCCCUGAAAAACAACAACAACGACAUUGUCAACGCUAUUAUGGAGUUGACGAUGUAACGGGAUCCUGUCAACAAAGAGUUGAAAAAAGGUUGCUGAUUAAAUCUGAGGUCAUUUAUACAAUUUAUACCAAGAUGGAAAUAAAGUUGUGGCUUGAUGAAAUUAAAAUCUGGCAUUUAUUGAGACUCUUGGGGAAACAAGGGGAAUUUCACCUGAUUGAAUGUUAAAAAAAGACGUAUAGUACUUUUGUUUUUUCCACUGGUGAAGUAUUUGUCCUUGUACAAUGAUGAAAUCCAAAGUAGUCGUAAUAAAGGCUUUAAACGUCAAUUUUUCAGAGUGAUGAGCAGGAGGAGUUGCAGCUGUAACAUUACACCAUCCUCCAGAUAAGGAGAAUAUCAUGUCCUGUGCUGUUUUAUUCACCUCUGUCUGUAAUUGGCUUAUUUAUUUACACCAUAAAGACUAAAUGAGUUUUUAAUGUCCUGAUAUGUAAAACAAUAGAAUUAAAACUUGGUGUACUCACA